AACUUUCAACUCCCUCUAAUGGCUACCGUAAAAUGCUGGAAUCCCUCAGUUACUCAACCACAUAAAUUUAAUCUCCCUCUCUUUCCUUUUAAUGGCCUCCCCUUGCCUAUUUUCAUGUGCUUGUUCUCUUUGUUUUUCUCUCGUUGUAUCUCAUGCAUUCUGCAAAAUUUUCAAGUGUUCAACACUUGUUCUUUUUGGACUAAGUUUUGAUCUGGGUUUCUGUUAAUCUUGAUCUAUGUUGUCAAAGUUUCAAUAACUGUGCUGAAUUCCUUCAAGAAUUUAAGAAAAUGAGAGGUGAGAGUCUUUUGCUGGUAGCUUAGCUAGCAUUUGAAUAUUGGAUCCAGUGCUUGGCUUUGAACCAGCUGGUGGACACCUUUUGCUGUCUGACGGAUUUUCUUUGGAUGUAUCUAAAGAUGGCUUCUUCACAGGCUGAGGGCGUGGCUAGCAAAUGCAAGUGUUUCCAAUAAGCUAUAUUUUUUGCUCCCUUUCUCUUUAUUGAAAAUCGAGAAUGGAGUAGACUUGGAGAAUGGCUCAAGGGACUAAUGCUUCACUUCAGAUAGAAAGAUGGGAUGGGGGGUGUGGUACUAGUAAAGGCAGUGCCUCUGCCACGGAAGAUGAGAAUUUGGACAAUUUGAACCAAUUGAGUGCUGGUAAACCUCCAAGAAACAUCAAAAUAGUCAGGCAUUGUAGCAGCUCUGCAUUUUUUACAGAUUUUGAAUCAGAAAUUGGAAUUCUGGGAUUAGUAUCACCAUCAACUGAAAAUUCUGCAUUUCUACCUAUUUUUCGCUCCGGAAGCUGGACAGAGAAGGGACCGAAGCAGUACAUGGAGGAUGAGCAUAUAUGCGUAGAUAAUCUACACAAACAUCUUGCUACAUCAGUAGAUUUUCCGUCUCCUGGUGCAUUUUAUGGGGUGUUUGACGGACAUGGUGGCACUGAUGCAGCCUCCUUUACCAGAGAGAACAUUCUUAAUUUCAUUGUCGAAGACUCCCAGUUUCCCUCAGGCACAAAGAGGGCAAUUAAGAGUGCCUUCGUGAAGACUGAUCAUGCACUUGCUGAUACUAAAUCUAUUGAUAGUUCAUCUGGUACCACUGUCUUGAUGGCCCUUAUUUUGGGAAGGACCAUGCUUAUCGCUAAUGCUGGUGAUUCAAGAGCUGUGUUGGGAAAACGAGGAAGAGCGAUCGAGCUAUCGAAGGACCACAAGCCCAACUGCACCUCCGAAAGAACAAGAAUUGAGAGAUUGGGAGGGAUCAUAUAUGAUGGCUACCUUAAUGGCCAAUUGUCGGUGGCUCGUGCUCUUGGAGAUUGGCACAUUAAAGGCCCUAAAGGUUCCAAAAGCCCCUUAAGUUCCGAGCCAGAGUUGGAGGAGAUCAACCUGACAGAAGAAGAUGAGUUUCUGAUACUAGGCUGUGAUGGCCUAUGGGAUGUAAUGAGUAGCCAAUGUGCAGUCACAAUGGUUAGGAAGGGGCUGAUGAUGCAUAAUGAUCCUGAGAGAUGUUCAAAAGCUCUCGUCACAGAAGCUCUCCAGCGCAAUACAUGUGACAACCUGACAGUUUUAGUUAUCUGUUUCUCUCCUGAUCCACCUCCGAAGAUUGAAAUUCCUAGGAACCAUAGAAGGAGGAGUAUAUCUGCUGAAGGGCUGGACCGUGUCAAGGGUUUCUUGAAUAACUAGUGCACUUUGAGCAAGAAUGGCUAAUGGCUUGUACAGGAGAAAAUGGAGCUUAUGAAAUAACUGGGGGGGAUUUUUCCAAGUUAAUGCUGCCCCCAUGCUGCGGCUGAACAUUGAUUUGCAAUGUUGUUUUCAGGAUGAAACAAUUAGCUUUCUGGGCGAUGUUGUUCAUUCAAUAAAAACAAAAAGUAAUUAGAAUAAAUAUA